AUGAUAAAAAACACCAUUAUCCAUAAAUCCAAGACUAAAGUCGAGAAUGAAUCUGAAAAACGAAUCAAAGGCAUCCUAGAUUUAGAAGUUGUUGAGAAGCUCCAAAGUCUCAAUACAAUACAAUCUCGCAAAUUUCCUAAUCUAAAAAAAGAAUUAAAUGCUGGAUGCAUCAUUUACAAUUUCCCGAUCAGACCAUAAGAUUACAAAUACAUUUAUGACAACAAAUAAAUACCAUCGAAGCUUUAAACAAUCCAGUAUGAUAAUGUAAGCUCAUUGGAUAAUGCGAAAUUGUAACGGCAAUCUUCUUUCGACAAUAAUGACCAGUCACUCAUGGAUAACUCUAAACCACUUAAAUCUAAGAUUAAGAGAUUUUCAAUUAACCAGUCUAUAUCCCAAAUCUAAAGAUAGAUCUUGGUGUUUAAUAACAAAAACAAUAGAUUCUUUUAAACGAGUUUAAGACAAGAAAACAAGAUAGCCCAAUUACCUCCAUUCUAUUUAAGAAAGAAAGCAAGUUAAAGCAUGAGUCAAAACUAAUCUCAAAAUAUAGAAACUAAGUAGGUUGAACCAAGCAGAAGAGGCAAGUCAGUCUCUCAUAUUAUCUCAUACGCAUCAAGACCUUAAACAGGUUUACCAAGUAAAGAAAAUAGAUAUUUGAUUGAAUGA